ACAGAAAACCAAAGUCUUCUUCGCACAAGUAAAGUCUUCUACAGACAGAGCCAUGGAUAGACCUGCAGAGAGUCCGCAUUGCCGUCCAGCUCCUCCUCAAAAUGCUCUUGAUCUUGCUUACAAGGAGAUCAACCGCAUGAGAGCGGAGAUACACAGGCUGGCACAGAGUAAUACACAAUUACUGAAAGAAAGGGAGAGCUUCUGCCGAAGGGAACAAGAAAAUAACCGUCUGGAAAAGUUUCUAGAGACGAGGACGAAGCAGUUUAAUACUGAAAAAUCAAAGAACUUCACCACUCUCUCAAAGGAGUCAGAAAUCUCCAAACUGAAGGAAAGUCUCCAAUUCCAGCAGGAGAAGACGGAAUACCAGAAGAUUGUGGACCGGACGGAGGAACAGAUCCAACAGAGGGACACUAUAAUCCUGGACAUCAGCAAGGAGGAGGGUCUCUCUCAGAUGCACAAAGUGACCACGAACCUGCUGCAGAGCAAAGAAGCCAAACUCCUGGAGAGCGAGAAGGCUUGGCAGGCAAAAUACACUGCUUUGGAGGAGAAGUUCGCCAAGGACCUUGCCAACAGCGAACAGAGCUGGGUGACAAAAGUCAAACUGAUGGAGGACAAGAUGAAGGAACUGGAGGAGAAGUUUGCCAAGGACGUGGCCGAAAGAGAAGAGAGCUGGGUGACAAAAGUCCAUUUGAUAGAGGAAAGAAAGAAGGAACUGAAGGAGAAGUUUGCCAAGGAACUGGCCGAAAGAGAAGAGAGCUGGGUGACAAAAGUCCAUCUGAUAGAGGAAAGAAAGAAGGAACUGGAGGAGAAGUUCGCCAAGGACGUGGCCGAAAGAGAAGAGAGCUGGGUGACAAAAGUCCGUCUUAUAGAGGAAAGAAAGAAGGAACUGGAGGAGAAGAUCGCCAAGGACGUGGCCGAAAGAGAAGAGAGGUGGGUGACAAAAGUCCGUCUUAUAGAGGAAAGAAAGAAGGAACUGGAGGAGAAGUUCGCCAAGGACGUGGCCGAAAGAGAAGAGAGCUGGGUGACAAAAGUCCGUCUUAUAGAGGAAAGAAAGAAGGAACUGGAGGAGAAGUUCGCCAAGGACGUGGCCGAAAGAGAAGAGAGGUGGGUGACAAAAGUCCAUCUGAUAAAGGAAAGAAAGAAGGAACUGGAGGAGAAGUUCACCAAAGACCUGGCCGACAAGGAAAAGCAAUUGAAGGCCAGAGCAUUAUCUUGGCAGAUUCAUUACAGAAUUCUGGACAAGAAGUUCAAAGCGUCGCUGGCCAAGAACAAAGACUUGGAGGACGACAAGCUGGAGCUGGAGGAGCUCUGUCUGGAAACGAAACAGAAGAAGAGAUUCUUCUCGUUCCGCAAGAAUAGGGCCGAGGACAGAGACACAGUGUUGGAGAAAAUGAAAAGCAAAAUGUACGAGAAGGAGAUGAAGAAGACAGCAGAAGCGAAAAAAAAGGAGAGGAAGUUGGAGGACUUUUUGACCAGCGUGGACAGAAAGACAACAGCAGCUGCCGCUUCCCCCACUCUUCGUCCGUCACUAGCUAACUCGCCGGCUUCCGACCUUUUUCGUGUCAAGAACACACAUUAGGUCAUGGUACCCCCAUUCUAUAAGAUUUUGAUAAUAUUUCUGUCUGGAUGUGCCAACUUUGUAUAAAUGUACUAGGGCUGAACGAUUUUUGGAAAGUAAUGUAAUUGCGAUU